ACAAGAAAGAGCCUGCAGACCGAUCACAUCUAUUGUCCCCAGUUUCUUUUAUUGAAACAGAUUGGACCUGUUCUUCAUUAAAACUGCCAAGAUGGUUUUCAGACGGAGAAAAUCCAGGCUUCAAAUUUUACAAGUAAUGAGAAUAACGGCAAUUGCUUUGGUCUCCAUCCUUUUAUGGAAUUUAUCAGGAUUUUCCUUCUGUCGUAAAGAGUCAAGCCUUUGUGCCUGUCUCAAAUGUCUAACAGACAGUGAUCCUUGGUUUAAUUACAUUAUCAGUGAAGCUCCUAAACCCUUUAUGUCAUGGAAACAUAAACCUUCAGAGGAAGAUUUCAACUGGUGGAAGGCCUUACAGGGGAAAAAAGAAAACUUCACUUUCUACAAUAAAACACUUCAAAGUGUGUUUGAGACGAUAACACUAAUUGCAGAUAUUGAAGAACCUCGGCCUGAUCGCUGCAGGAGCUGCGCUGUGGUGGGGAAUUCAGGAAAUUUGAGAGGAUCACAUUAUGGACCAAUAAUAGAUGCCCAUGAUAUCGUAAUAAGAAUCAAUCGAGGGCGUACCAAAGGCUAUGAAACAGACGCUGGAACCAAAACAACUCAUCAUGUCAUGUAUCCAGAAAGUGCUACUAGAUUGGACAAUACCACUAAUCUUUUGUUUUUUCCCUUCAAAACACGUGACUUUUUGUGGCUUCUCAAGGCCUUAAAUCCCAGGGAAAAUGGUGCCCCAAACUCCAAAAAGAUAGCUAACAAGGAUUUGGUGAUGAUCCUUCAUCCAGCUUUCAUGAAAUAUGUUCAUGAAGUCUGGCUGAGAAGGAGGGGAGCUUAUCCAUCCACUGGCUUUCUUACUGUUGUUCUCAGCUUACUGAUGUGUGAUGAGGUCAAUGUCUUUGGGUUCGGAGCAGACAGCGAAGGAAACUGGAGCCAUUACUUUGAAAUCCUCCGAAACAAAAAAUUAAAAACAGGAGGCCAUCCGGGACAAGAAGAAUAUAAAAUGAUUGAUAGAUUACACAAGAGGAAGAAAAUAUUUUUUUUUAAAGGAUGGUAGUUUUUUCUGUUUGCAUUUCUCACUUUAUCAGUUGCAAAUCAGUUUUAAAUAAGAAUAUAUAAAAUGCAUUAUUUUCUCCCAAGUCGUGGCAGUCAGUUAUUUUGACUGACUGCAUCAAAAACUAUUUACAUAUUUUCCAAAAACAAAGUACUUUUUGCUUGACUCUAAAAUAUAGGGUUAGGGUUUGCAUUCAGAGCAAGGGUUGUCAGCGAUCAAGUCUUAGACCAAGAAACAAAGAAUAGAUGCUUGUUGCUAAAGGGUUAUUUUAUUAUUUCAUAUUUGAUUGGAUACACGGUGUGCAUGUGUAUUAUCCAAUCACACACCAGCAGACAAAUUUAAUGUCCAAAUUAUAGUACUGGUUGCCAGAUUCAAUAAAGAAUUUACUGAUGCAUUUAAGGUCUCAAUUAGUUUAAUAUCGUAUUGAUUACAAAAUUAUGCUUGUAUUAUACAAUAUGUCAAAGAAUCUUUUUUUUGUUUUUUUACAUGACAUCUGAAAUAAGUGUUUAAAACAAACACUGGCAGAAUCAGGCAGCCCGCUGCUGUGACCUGUUGGGGGUGAAGGGAAAGAGCAAUGUGCAGUUGAAAUUUUGAAAUGCUACAUGGGACAAAGUUUGUGGAAACUGACAUAAUCAUUGUACCAUAAAUUAACAUUAAAAAGUGUCUUACUUGGAAACUUAGAAGUUGUCACGCAUGUUAAU